ACAACAAAAAAGCCGUGCACACAAUUGUGCUGUAAAUACAUGUGAUGAAAGACUCAACAUCGAAUAUCGAUUGUGGCCAAUAUUUUGGAUUGUUGCCAUUGCCAAUAAUAAAUUUCGUGCAUACAAUUUGAUUUUUAAAAUCACAAUUCAUUAAAAAUGUCACAAAUCGUUUUGGAAAUACAAACCAACAAUGAUGAUAAUCUCAUCGAACGUCGAUUCGCAUCCGACAUGACUAUACCUGAUCUGAAAAAUCGUCUAGAAUUAAUUACAGGAGCAUCAGCUGCUACGAUGGAAUUGACAUUUCGAGAUUCAUCUGGAAAUCUACUAGGACCAAGUGAUGAUUCGAAAUGUCUUGGCGAUUAUCUUGUACCAGCAGGUGAACUUCGUCUUCGAUUACAUGUAAAAGAUUCCAGUGUUGUUAAAUUUGAUGAUUUAUCCGGUGUUCAAAAAUACGAAUUGGAUGAUGAAGAAUACGCCAAACGUAGCGAUUCAAUGCGAGCAUUCAAGAUGAAAAAUAAAUUAGGACGUUUCUCGGCCACAACAGCCGGUGACGAUGGUAAUGAUGAUGAAUAUGUAAAACAAAUGAAAUUGGGUAAUCGUUGUGAAGUGACCGUCAAAAAUAUGCCACCAAGACGUGGUUGUAUUAUGUUUAUUGGGAAAUUGGGCACUAAACCCGGCACAUUUGUCGGUGUUCGUUAUGAUGAACCAUGGGGUAAAAAUGAUGGAACAUUCGAGAACAUUAGGUUUGUUUGUUAAUUAAAAGAAUUUUAUUCAUACAUAACUUAUAAUUUUAAAUACAGAUAUUUUGAAUGUGCACCAAAUUAUGGAAGUUUUGUCAAACCGAAUCUUGUGAAGGUUGGCGAUUUUCCAGUACUUGAUGAUGGUUUAGAAUAAGAUGGAGUCAGAAAAAUGCAGAUUCUAAUUUUCUACACAAUCGAUAUUUCAUGAUUUAUUUUUUCACAUCUCAUAUGAUAAAAUGUCAUUUUUUUAAAAAUAAUAAAAUACUAUAUUUUUUUCUAA